UAUUAAUUAAUAAGAAAAAUGCACCUAAAAUAACCGUUUGGUUACAACCAAAAAAAACAAACGGAUAGACUUCCAAAAUAGAUAAUUUAUAGAUUGGAUAAAACAACUUCUGAUAUAUAAAGUAAAUAUUUACAGAAAGCCAACUCAACACUAAUCAUCCUGUUAAAUUUUUGUUUGCUAUAUAACAUAAACAAAAUUCUCUGAAGCUUGAACACUCAUUAACUCAUCUCUUCAAAUAAUGGCGACUCAAGCAAUGAAAAAGAUAUACAGUAUUUUGAUGAUUGUAGUUUUAUUUACGAUGAUGGUUUCAACAUACGCGAAUACAGUGGAAGUGUGUGUUAAGCAUUGUGUCCCGAAUCAGUGCAUGAAAGUUUCUAAAAAGGCAACUAUUCCUUUAUGUGAGAAUGCUUGCAAAAAGCUCUGCAACCAAAACAAAUUUUCUGAUGAGAAAUUCUACGCCAUGCCUCCUGGAGACUUAUGCGAGGGAUUUUUUGGGUUACUAUGUAAUAACUGAAACUUAAGAAAUCCGUAAAAUAAUUUAUGUGUGUGAUUUCCUAUCUUUAAAUCAACUAAUAUAUUAUGUAAGUAUAUACUUUAUUUAUAAUAAUUUAUUUUUGUGUCUGUUAGACAUGUGUGAGAUAAACAUCGCUAUAUUACAUGUCCAUAAAUUUGUAAUGUUCCGACUGUCAUUACAUGUUUUCUUUCGGUCAAUUGGCCCAUCCUUGUCCGACAGCCAGUUCAUUAUUUCUGUGACAACUAAUCCAUCUCAGCGGAAAUCCGUGGUUUCAUGAGAAGUCGAAACUCCUACUAAAAUUGAUUAUCAUUUUAGUAUAUAUGCAAUCGUACGUGGUAUUAUCUCCCCCUAAACAUGUUUCGACUACGGUUCAGCUCACUAAUAGGCCACAGCUUUUGGCUACAAAAACUUUGAUGCUUUUAUGCUAAUAUGUAACUAGUUAAUUACUUAUAUAUAGUUUGGUAAAUAAUCAAGUUUAAUUUACUCAUUUGUGUAUAUACUUUUAUACCGAUUUAGGUUUUUUAACAACAAGAAUUUGGAACGAUACAUUGUUUCGAAU